AUGCUCCCUCAGUACACACCUGACUUCAAUUCCCAUAAUGCAGACUGGAGUGAUCAUGGCCCUAUUGGUUCGCUUAACGUGUUGCUAGCGAAAAAAAAGACCAAGAGCCCAAAUGAUUAUCUCCAGGAAUGGAUGGCUCAGAAGGACGAUUACCUUCGAGUCCUUCUAGAACGGGAGGCUCCACCUUCGAACAAGUCUUGUUCGUUAUGCAAUGCAGAUUCGGUUGUGUACCAGUGCCACGAUUGCCUCGGUGAUCCCAUGUUUUGCAUCAAAUGCUGUCAAGAUGAGCAUAGACGAUUGCCAUUUUACAAAAUAAGCAAAUGGAACGGGAGCUUUUUCGAAGCGACAUCAUUGGCAAAGAUCGAUAUGGAAUUUCAUCUGGGGCAUAGUGGGCUUCCGUGUCCGUGUCUCAAGGAUAUCCAUGAAUGGGAGGACUUAGACGAGCCCACUUGCGAACUGUCCUCUGACUACUCAGCAAUACCGGAGCUGCCAUUUCUACAUGCAAAAGAAUGCACAACAGUGGUUGACAAAUCCAGAGUCCAUUCACUCCUCAUCAGGUAUUGUAAAUGCCCAAAUGCCGCUACCCCAGACAGGCAGCUGUUUGCAAUGGGCAUGUUUCUGGCAUGUUUCAGUCGGCCCAAAUCAGCAUUCACAUUUUCAGUACUGGAUAGUUUUCUCCUCGACAACUUGGAAUGCAGGACUUCAGCUAUGAAUUACUACUCUAAAUUAAGGAGAAUGACAUCUAGCACAUUUCCGCAUCUAGUCCCUGACCGGUAUAGGGAAUUAAUGCGUGUUGGAAGGCAAUGGCGUCAACUGAAACUUCUGAAAUGGAACGGCUUUGCUCAUGAGAGAAGACUUCCGCAUCCAGGUGAACUUGCCCUGUUUUGCCCCACCUGUCCACAACCCGGUAUCAAUGCACCGCAGCCGGCCAAAAGAGACAGCAACCAUCCGGAAUGGAUAUAUGCCAGAUCACUAGUAAUGGAUGGUAAUUUUAAAGCAGAACAUCUCCAUCCUACUCGUCCAGAAGAUGAAGUAUGGUUGACCAAUGGAAGGUGUUUCAUGGUGACCAGAGAACAAUACAAGAUGCAUCUUGCUGGUGCCAAAGAAAAUGUGCACAUGUUGGAAUGUAACAACCAUCGGGCUGUAAAUCAAGCAAAUGCUUCCCGACACAAACUGGAAGCUACAGGAAUAGGCGGUUGCGCAUGUGCUCGACAUGGCUGUUUCGUCCCCCAUUCCAUUGUCAAUUUUCAGAAAGGCGAAAGGGUAAAUGACAGUUCACACUUGAGCAUUCUGGCCGGUAUGGAGAUCGUUCCGGGAAUAGGACUUUGGCAUGUCCAUGGUCAUCAGGACAAAUGCUAUGUCCGGUAUGCAUCCACCUUUAUCACAGGGGCAGCCAGGAUCAACGGGGAGAUCAUGGAGACAUUGUGGGCGCCCCUGAAUAUCAUAUCUCCCUCUGAAUGUCUUGAUUACCAAAUGAACGACUCAAAUUUUAUGAAAAUGAUCAGAAUGAGUUGA